UAUCAUGUGACUAUCAUGUGAUUUGGUAUCGCCCAAAAAUGUUGGACAGGGUGCUUUUACUUUCUGUUUUUCUGUUAUUGUGUUUUGCUACAUCACCAACAUCAUCAACUGUGGUUGGAGAUUUUAUGAUCAGAGGAAGAAAUGGCGGAGUCUCAUGUGCAACGUGUACGGUCAUCAUGGGUUUGACAGAGCAGUUGUCUGUGAUACACAAUGAAACCAUCAUACAUUCCCUGGAACGACUGUGUAACUACCUCCCGGACAAAUACAGACAGCAAUGUCAGAUAUUCACAGAGUUCUUUGGAAGUAUUCUCAUAGCAAGAUUCACAAAAGAUGACAACCCGGACACAGUUUGCCGUAAAAUCAGAUUCUGUUACACCGAGCCAGAUAAGCAGGAAUGCCACAUCUUUCCGAAAUCCAAGUCUACGGUUAAAAGGAGUCCACGAAAUAUUCACUCAGGAAUCCUGAAAGAAGUCUUAAGUUAUGAAAUGAAGCAAGCACCAUACAAGAUACACCAAGAUCCUAAGAUAUGUGAAUUACCAGGAAUAAAAACUAUUUGUAAUUGGAUAGACAUGAUAUUUGACAAACAUGAUCCUGCUAUUGACUUGGAUGAUGACAGAUACAGUACAUACAAGACACUGCGAGGGAGCUCCUGGAGGGGAAAGGACUGUGAUGAUGGUAGAAAGGACAUACACCCUGGAAGCCGGCCAAUCCAGUCAGACGGGGACAAGGAUAGUAAUUGUAAUGGUAUCAUGGGAGUAGAUCCCGUCAGCGGCCAGCCAUACGAGGACCUGUACUGCAAGGAUAGCCAAGCGAGGGGCGUGGUUGUCCUUGGCGACUCAAUCAGUGCACACUUCCACAUUCCCAGGGAGUGGCUAAACAGUACAGAAAUAUCAGCAGUAGUUUUUGAACCUUUACCUUUCAUCUUGGAGAAUGAGUUUGAUUGGCCAGAAUUGUCUUCUAUCACAGGUUACAUGAACAACACUUACACCAAUGUAAACCAUGGCCCUAUGAACUCGGUCUAUGACUAUCUGUGGCAGAGGAACCGCUGUAACCACAGGGAUUACCAAAACAUUGCUGUCAAUGGUGCCAGAUCAGGGUCAAUGGUUGACGAAAUCGAGAAAAGCCUUUUUCGUAACCAGACAACAGACAAUCCUGUCACUCUGUUCUACGCCUUGGUUGGAAACGAUGUUUGUAACGGUCAUCCAGACACAUUUGCUCACAUGACAACCCCAGAGGAAAUGAAGAACAACUCCAUUAGAACUUUACAGUUUUUGGAGAAGGCAUUGCCCGCUGGAAGUCACGUUUUCUUUGUAGGUUUGGCAGACGGAAGGGUCCUCUUUGAAGGUCUAAAGGAUAGAAUCCAUCCCAUUGGUUCUCUCAGGAAUGACGUCACCUACUCCAACUUUUACGAUUACUUUAAUUGCUUAGAGAUAUCUCCUUGCCUAGGUUGGAUGAAUACUAAUGAGACAGUAAGAAAUAUGACAACACAGAGAGCCGAGCAGCUGAGUAAUGUACUGAAGGAGGUGGCACUGACUGAGGCAGCCAAGUACCACAAUUUUAAACUCGCCUACGUGGAAAAUCCUAUUUUCCAAGUUGUUGAGUAUUGGAAGAAACUUGGACGUCCACUUUGGGAGCUGAUAGAACCAGUUGAUGGUUUUCAUACAAAUCAGCUUGGUCAAGCACUCACAGGGCAAGUCCUAUGGCAGAACCUGGAAACUGAAUAUCCCGAUGCUAUCGGUCCUAUCAACCCAUUUAACACCAAGAUCAAAACCAUUUUUGGAGAUCAAGGAGGCUACUGAGCAUGUGCAAUAUCACCCAAAGUGAUACAUAUAUUUUUCUGUGAUAAAUAUAUAUUAAUAUGUUAAUCUAUAUUCUAACCAACUACCAAAGUUUGCUGUUUGGUCGUUCCAUUGUUAUUUCCUUGCCAAAUAUCUUUUUGACUAUUUACAAUCCAAAAUAUUUCCUUGCCAAAUAUCUUCUUUAUUGUACAUGAUCUAAAAUGUGAGACAUGCUAUUUCCUUGCCAAAUAUCUUCUUUAUUGUACAUGAUCUAAAAUGUGAGACAUGCUAUUUCCUUGCCAAAUAUCUUCUUUACUGUACAUGAUCUAAAAUGUGUGACAUGCUAUUUCCUCUCCAAAUAUCUUUUUCAACUGUUAACAAUCAUAAAAUGUGAGACGUUAUUUCAUUACGAAAUAUCUUAACUAUUCACAAUCCAAAAUGUGAGACGUUAUUUCCUUGCCAAAUUACUUAUACUGUUCACAAUCGAAAAUGUGAGACGUUAUAUACACUGUAAUAAAAGAGGAACUCAGUAAACUGCAUUUUUAAUAUUAUUUCCAUAGAAGAUUAAGAUAAUGCUUUGCAAUAUGGUAUCGUUUUGAGGGAUAUAUUUUUGUAUAUGAAAUUUUUGGUACCAGAUAUUAUAUUUUCAUACUUGAUAUGUACUUAUGUAUUUAUGUCCAUUAAAGUGACAUUAUUUUAUAAGAAAUAUACAAGUUAAGUUUGUAAAGGUGGACAAUUUGAUUCAGAUCAAUACUUGGUUACUUUAGCAUAAACGUGAUUGACAUGUGUAUGCUAUAGACAUAUUUUUGUUAUAGACUUAUUAUGUUAUGUCGUGCAGCUGAAUAAAAUAUCACUAAUAAUCUAGUACAUGUUUAAACUGGAGUUGAAGAGCCAAUUACUUGACCUAGGAUAAAAUCAUGACUUUGUUAUGAGCAGGAAAUCAAAUAAAGCAUGAUUAUAUGGCCCAGACAAUAAUAUUGUCGGCAAUAAGCCAAUGUUCUGAUUAUGAAAGUUCAGUUUACGUGAAUAAUGUUAUAGCUUUAUUCCUUUAAAAGAUUUAAUUCCAAUAUUUAUUACAUAGCUGGAUAGCUGAAUUUCAAUAUAUGUAAAACUCUUAAUAUAUAGGAGAUUGUUUUUUGGAUUUUUUAAUAUUCAUAUAAUUUCUAAUUUGCGUACAUGGCAGCUAUACAUAUGGAUCUUUUUUCUUCUAAAAUGGAGCAUCUUUUGUAGCUUGGUUAAUACAUAUGCAUUAUAUGUUACAAUUAGAACAUUCGAUAAAUACAGAACGUUAGUCAAUACGAUAGGAAAAAACAAGGCAUGUUGAUAUAUCUUAUAAUGCGAAAUAUAUAUAUAUAUAUUUUAUGAAAACUGGGUAAACAGUUGUCAGUAACACAUUAUAAGGAAAAAUGUAAAGAUGUGAAAGUUAUAGAUCCUAUGAUAGGGAAACUGCUGGGUAAUUAUGUUUAAGCCUCAUUUCAUGACGGGAAUCUGUGGUUAAAAUAUGUAGGUUAUAUGUUUUUGUGGGAAAAUCUGUUAUACGUUACAAUGGGUCAGAAACAAUGUUAAUACAUGUAAGAUAUAUGUUAUAAUUGGAAAAUACUGUUAUAGGUGUGCAGAUCUGUUUAGCUUGUCAUUAGUCUGUGAUUCGAAAUUAAUCAUCUAAAGUGCCUUACCUUUUGAAUCAUAUUGUAUGAUUUGUUAAGUCAUUAUUAAUGUUUAUUGAUUACCUUGUAUUAAUAAAACCCUAUUUAAUUCU